CCCCAGAGCCGGUGGCCUCUGCCCGUCAGGCUGAGCGAGCGGGGCUGCCAUAUGGCGGGGUGGACGGCGCGGCCGAACUCCGCAGGCCUGCAGCAGUCUGCGCUCUGUUUCCGUGAAGCGGCUUUACUGAGCUGUAACUCAUGUGCCACGAAGUACCGCGUAGGAGAGUCUCCGUAAAACUGUCCCAGCACAGGCAAGGCUGCCUUGGCUUCGGCAUCUCAAAAACAGCCAGGAAGUCUGCUCGGAAGUCCUUGCCACCUUUGGAGAUCAGGACAGCCUCGUUAGGAGAAUGGGUGGUUUCCAGGUGGGAGCCUACUUACUGGCUUUGGGGUUCCCCGGAGAGGAAGAUGGGCAGGCCGCCAGGCUCACUGCUUUCUUGGGCAGGCUCCCCUCUCCCUAGGUCUCUUGUCCCCUUUGCUCUCCUGCUCGCCCCCUUGCAGUGUGACUGGAAGGGAGCCUUGACCCCAGGACCACUGGGCAGUCUUGCAGGCUGGUGGUGCUCCCUACACCGCGCCCUGCAGUGGUGAUCAGGGCGGGGGCCCAAGGUUGGGCGGGGUGCAGGCUCCAGCAGGGCCAGCCAGGGGAGGUGGACAAGGAGCCGUUCAGGCCUCCAGCCCAAAUGCAAGUUGGCCCGUGGCCUCUACCCCAAUCCCAGACUUUGCCACACUUCCAUAAAGCAGGUGCUGCCAGACCCGGGGGUGUCCAUUGCCAGGGGGGCCCAGGCUUAAGAAGUGGGGGUGUUGGGAAGUUCAGGGCUUUGGCCACGUCCCGCUGUCUCCCACUUGGUCAUUUGAGUCUGCAGCCCGCUGGUCUGUCCGGUCUGGGACUUUUGGCUUCCUGAGCAAGCCCAGUGGGCUGGUUCGGAGAUGCGGGCUUUUCUGGGAACUCCGUUUGGUGCCAGUCAGCCCUGGCCACACUGAGAAGCGGGCUGGGAUCCGGGGGGCAGUUUGUGGCUUCUCAGUUUUUAGAGCGUGGAGGGGGCGGUGAUGGUGUCUCAGUCUGCUCUGCAGCCGUAACAGAACCGCAGAGACGAGGCUUAAAUAGCAGACUGUUUUCUCACAGCUCUGGAGGCUGGGAGUCUAAGAUCAAGGUGCCGGCCGACCUGGUUGCUGCUGAGGGCUUUGCCGUCCUGGCUUGCAGACGGCUUUCCUCUCCCUGUGUGCUCACAUGGCCAGCGGCCUGGUGUCUCUUCUCAUAAGAGCCCUAGUACCAUCAUGGGGCCCCACCCUCAUGACUUCGUGUAACCUUAGUCACCUCCCAGAAGUCCCACCUCCAAACACUGUCAUCAUGGGGAUUAGGGCUUCAAUACUGAACUCCGGGGGACACAAUUCAGUGCAUAGAGGUGGGACCCAGGAGAAGGUCGCUGCCUGGGCCGGGCAGGCAGGAACCUGUGUCACUCACACUGACCUGUCCGACGUUCUCAGCUUCCAUCCUGAAAUGCACACCCGGCAGGACAGUUUCCGACACUUCGUCCAAUGCAGAACCGCUUAACCCGCUACUCUGAUUUGUGUCUCAGGGCUCACAGCGCGGGUGGGACCCUGACGGAGGCGGGGCUUUCCUGUCCUUUGAGCAGGCCCUUCGCUGGAGUCCUGGACAAGAUGGGUCCCAAAGCUGUUGGGGAUUCCCGCUGCUUUGGAGUCUGACUUCCUGGAAGCGUGCGGGUGAUUGUGCUGCUGUCCUGUGUGUGCAGGACUAUAAUUUCUAGAGCCAGAUAGUGGUGUGGCCCUUUCCAGAGAAGGAGACAGUUGGGGAAAACUCACGUUUCAGUGUCUUCCGAACCAGAUUGCUGGCUCUUUUCCUGCCCCGACAGGAGUAAGUGCACAGAGGUCUGGAGGUCACGGGCUGAAGUGAAGACUGAGUGUGGUACCUGUCUCGCAGCCAGGAGAGGGCCUAGUGUGUGCAGACAGAUGGGACGGCUGGGUGACUGCUCUGAGCACCUCGAUCCUAGAGGCAGGAGCAGAGUCCUCGCGGGCUGAAGGGUCCAGCCCGGGGCCUCGCCGCACCACGUCACUGGCCUUGCUGGUCUGAGGUCUGGCCCUGCAGCCUGGUCGCUGGCAUCUGGCCACAGGUCGUCUCCAUGGACAGUCCUGCUUGGCAGCGACAGCCGGUCGGAGGGGGAUGAGGAGGCUCUUCCUGCUUCGUGCCAGGGUCACAGGCGCCCAGCAUCGGUGGCUGUGGCCCGGCCAGUUGGCACCUUGCAUGGUGGAGCGCUUUCCUUCUGUGAAGCAGGAAGAGGGGCUUUGGGGAUCCUGGACAGGAGGUAUCCCUCACCAGUGCCAGGAACUGCCUCCCAGCCAUGGAGGGGGAGGAGGAGCGGUCACCUCAGGAGCCGACGCCGACGCUCUGUCCCUGCUCCUGGAGAUGAAGCUGAGGAGGCGGCGGGAACGGCCCAGCCUGCCGCGCACCGUGACCGAGCUGGUGGCCGAGGACGGGAGCAGGGUGUACGUGGUGGGCACAGCCCACUUCAGCGAUGACAGCAAGAGGGACGUCGUGAAGACCAUCCGGGAGGUGCAGCCUGACGUGGUGGUGGUGGAGCUGUGCCAGUACCGCGUGUCCAUGCUCAAGAUGGACGAGAGCACGCUGCUCCAGGAGGCCAAGGAGAUCAGCCUGGAGAAGCUGCAGCAGGCCGUGAGGCAGAACGGGGUCAUGUCUGGACUCAUGCAGAUGCUGCUGCUGAAGGUGUCGGCCCACAUCACCGAGCAGCUGGGCAUGGCCCCUGGCGGCGAGUUCAGGGAGGCCUUCAAGGAGGCCAGCAAGGUGCCUUUCUGCAAGUUCCACCUGGGCGACCGGCCCAUCCCCGUCACCUUCAAGAGGGCCAUCGCCGCACUGUCCUUCUGGCAGAAAGUCAAGCUGGCCUGGGGCCUGUGCUUCCUGUCAGACCCCAUCAGCAAGGACGACGUGGAGCGCUGCAAGCAGAAGGACCUGCUGGAGCAGAUGAUGGCCGAGAUGGUCGGCGCGUUCCCCGACCUGCACCGCACCAUCGUCUCUGAGCGCGACGUUUACCUGACCUACAUGCUGCGGCAGGCCGCCCGGCGCCUGGAGCUGCCCCGCUCCUCUGACGCCGAGCCCAGGAAGUGUGUCCCCUCGGUGGUGGUGGGUGUCGUGGGCAUGGGCCACGUGCCGGGCAUCGAGAAGAACUGGACCACCGACCUCAACAUCCAGGAGAUCAUGACCGUCCCCCCGCCGUCCAUCUCCGGCAGAGUGUCCCGGCUGGCCGUGAAGGCCGCCUUCUUGGGCCUGCUGGGCUACGGCCUUUACUGGAUGGGGCGCCGCGCCACCAGCCUGGUCCUGUCACUGCCUGUCGCUCAGUACUGUCUGCAGAGGGCGUCCGCGGCCCGGCCGCGCAAAUAGGAAGGACCAACGCGUGGCGGCUCCCGUGUCACCGCUGAGGGGCGCUGGGGCUGGCCCCCCCCCAACGAGGAGCGGCUGGGUGCCACCCCCUGUGGGGGUCCAGGCCCGGCCACGCCUCUCCUCCCCCAACCCGCCCAAAUAAAGAAAUAUUUAACUGCUCUGAGCUCAGGCUUCCCAGCAGCCCCCUCCCCACCCUCAUCCCCGGCCCUGCAGGGACCGCUCUUGGGGUUCAUGGGCAUCAGGACGCGCUGGUGGAGGAGGGGCCAAAGGUGCACACUGCCCCACCCCCAUCCCCGGCCCCCAGGUGAAGGGGCGUGGUGGGCAUGGCCAGCCAUCCCCUACCUCACUGUGCCUUCUCACGCGCUGGCAGCAGGAGCCCUGGCCCGGGAGCGAGUCCCAGUGGGUUCUGGGCCACCGGGUUCCUGGCCGGCAUGUUUGGGAAGGGCCAGGUCACCCCACGCAGCUCUGUCGUGGCUCCUGGGAGCGUCCCUCCCGCCUGGGCAGCUUGGCCACGCUCGGUCGCGGCGGGCGCACACCAGCUCUGCCUGCAGACGGUGUGUGGUUUUGGUUUUUAAAAAUGUCUGAAGUUUUUUUACUCAGGUAAUUUUAACUUAAGAGAAAAACUGAAGCAAAUGUCAGAAAAUACUAGCCUUAAACCUGGUUGGGACAAAGAGAACGUGUGCGUGGGGGGACCUCGAUCCCGAGAGGGUGAGCCCGUGGGAGAAAGGUCAGCCUCCGCAGGGGGGUGCCAGGCCCGCCUCUGGCUGGGGGCUUCUGGGGCUGCAGCCCUCGGACGGGAGCCUUCCUCGGCCCCAACCUCAGUGGACAGCGGGCGCGUGUCCGCUGUGGGGCGGGACAGACGGAGACCCGAGGUUGGGCCGAGCCCACGCGGGGCUCCCACCCCGGGCACCUCCCUGCGGCCACGCUCCGCGGGUCAUGUGUCUGUGACACGGCCUCUGUGCAGCCCACCCGGGCCCCGGGGCCACGCUUGAUUGUGUUUGUGUUGACUCGAUGUCUGACAAAACCAGGUGAAACCCACGGCCGUGAACGGGGCCGCACCGUGUUUUCCUGUCAUACAUGUACUCAUUCCUGAGAAAUGGAAAUAAAGUCUAAUUUUGGAA